CAAAACAAAACAGGGAAAAGCAAGCAAAUAAGACUUCUAAUCAAAGCUGCAGAGCCUGUAAGUGACAGGGAGGAGGGAGCCAUUCCCAGGAACAGGCUUAGCCAGUGGAGCAGCCCCCCCAAAAUAAUCCAGGGUGCAUCUGAUGUGACAUCCAAGCCACAAGUAAGAGUAGCCUAUCUGUUCAGAGGAAGUGUCACCAUGAGGAAGAACAACCCAGCUCUGAACUGAUCAACUAAACAAGUCACGUCUAUUUUUCCCUUGUGUGUGUAUUUUAUUGAGGGCAAAGAGGAGACAGACAGAGGGAAACGCUAUGAGCUGGCAAAUUUGGGACCUGGAGGCACUUUGAGUGAAGAUGGCGUACAUACAGUUGGAGCCAAUAAAUGAGGGGUUCCUGUCCAAAAUUUCAGAUCUGCUGCUGUGCCGGUGGACGUGCAGGAACUGCUGUCAGAAGUGUUACGAGUGCAGCUGCUGCCAAUCAAGUGAAGAUGAAGUAGAGAUCCUGGGGCCCUUUCCCGCACAAACACCACCCUGGCUGAUAAACAAUCGCAGUGAUGACAAGGAAGAUUCUGAUAAUACAACUAGUGAGCCUCCUCAAACACCACAGGAAACGUCACCAGACAGGAGACGGUCAUCUUCGGAUACAUCUAGAUCUACAUAUAGCCUCACAAGACGCAUUUCAAGUUUAGAAUCUAGAAGACCCAGUUCUCCAUUAAUUGAUAUUAAACCAAUUGAGUUUGGUGCAUUAGGAGCCAAAAAAGAAACCGUACAACCAACAGUACUAAGGAAAACCUAUACCCCAGAGGACUAUUUUAGGAAAUUUGAACCACAUUUAUAUCCAGUUGAUUCCAGUAAUGAUGAUGUAGACUCAUUAACUGAUGAUGAAAUUCUGACCAAGUAUCAAUUAGGUAUGAUGCAUUUUAGUACUCAGUAUGAUCUACUGCACAACUAUCUGAUUGUCAGGGUAAUAGAGGCCAGAGACUUGCCACCUCCCAUAUCUUAUGAUGGUUCUAGACAAGACAUGGCUCAUUCUAACCCAUAUGUGAAGAUAUGCCUAUUGCCAGACCAAAAGAACUCUAAGCAAACCGGGGUGAAGCGUAAGACCCAGAAUCCAGUAUUUGAGGAGAGAUAUACUUUUGAAAUCCCAUUUUUAGAAGCCCAAAGAAGAACAUUGCUCUUAACUGUGGUGGAUUUUGACAAGUUCUCACGACAUUGUGUUAUUGGGAAAGUCUCCAUGCCACUGAAUGAGGUUGACCUUGUUAAAGGAGGACACUGGUGGAAGGCUAUUAUACCGAGCUCUCAGAAUGAAGUUGAACUGGGAGAGCUGCUUCUGUCUCUUAAUUACCUGCCAAGUGCUGGGAGAUUGAAUGUGGAUAUUAUCAGAGCAAAGCAGCUUCUUCAGACUGAUAUGAGCCAAGGAUCCGAUCCCUUUGUGAAAAUUCAAUUAGUCCAUGGGCUAAAGUUAGCAAAAACCAAAAAGACAUCUUGCAUGAAAGGCACCAUCGACCCAUUCUACAAUGAGUCCUUCAGCUUCAAGGUCCCACAAGAAGAGCUUGAGAAUGCCAGCUUGGUAUUUACAGUUUAUGGACACAACAUGAAAAGCAGCAAUGACUUUGUUGGAAGGAUAGUGAUUGGUCAGUAUUCAUCGGGAUCCCCUGAAUCCAACCAUUGGCGGCGCAUGUUGAAUUCCCAUAGGACAGCAGUGGAGCAGUGGCACAGUCUGAGAUCCCGGGCUGAGUGUGACAGAGUCUCCCCAGCUUCACUAGAGGUGACGUGAGGCCCAAAGGCAGUGAUGACACAACGCUUACUUGCAAGGAACCACAGGAUUGGGAGCAACUAUCUCAGCUGCUUCUGAUUAAAUGGCAGCAUUUAGCCUAUGUGCCUCAGCCAAAAUUCAUGAUGCAAAUCAUUUGUUAAAUGUUGGUCUAAUCAGCUGUGUGAAAUGUCUCACAAUAUGCUGAUUAUUCUUAGAAUUGCCAUGGCAUUGCACGUCCAUUACAGUUUCCAUUCCAUCUACCAUAAAAUGACACAGAUCUAGAGCGAUUUCAGAUAUCUGAACUCUUGUGUAAUAUUAGCUAGUAGCACUAAGGUGAGCUUGCAAUAAGCUUACUGAACACUGCAGUCCAUGCAAACUAUCAUAUUCCAUUUUGAGGGAGGUAUUGGUAUCUGUGGUCUAAUUUGUGAAUGUGCUCAAACACCUAAAAAUACAAAAAGAGUGAAAAAAUAUGUUGCACCUAUAUGAAAUACAGUUUUGUCCUUAUACAUGUUGAAUUCUAUACCUGUUAAUGUGUGUGAGUAUGUUUGUGUAUAAACACAUAUCUAUAUUUAUACAUUUGUUUAUACAGUACAAAUUACAAAAUCAUAUUUAUAGAUAUUGAUUUAAAUAUAUAAUAUUAUACCCAGGUACCUAUAUUAUAUAUAUAUAUACAUAUAUAUAUGUGUGUUAAAUCAGUAUAUUAAGAACAGAGUAUAUGUAAUUAAAAGUUCCUGCAGACUACUGUAAUACAGUUAUCAGGAAUAGUUUAUGAAGUUGCCCAGAGAAAACUUUAACGAUGGUGGGUUGUAGCUUAUUGCUGCAGCCAGGACUGAAUGAGAUGUUCUAGUGCAUUCACCGAAAGAUGAGGGAAGAGGCUGUUCAUUCUACUAUAAACAUUUCAAUAAUAGCCUCUAACAACUGCAAAAUACUGUGUUGUAUAUUUCAUAAGAAGUCUAGUCUAAGAAUGUAUAUUUAUUAAAAAAUAAAUAUAUAUUUGUGCCAUCAA